UUGCGGGGAGGGCGGGGGACGGCAUUGCCACCGCCGGGGGGGGAGCGGGAACCGCCGCGCUGGUGGCAGCCCCGUCCCCGCCAGCCCCGCCGGGUGACAGGCGACACAGCUGCCGGUUGGGGUCCGAGCCCUUUGGCCACCAUGGAGAUGCCCUGGGUGCUGCUGGCCACCGCUCUGCUCCUGCUCCUGCCCGUUGGCAGGGCCAUGGGGCCGCUGCCCACCAUGGCUCCACCGCUGACCAUGGUGGUGGCUGGGCAGCGGCGGCGGCUGGUGGUCUGCGUGGUGAGCGAGCUGGCCCCCGGCUCCGGCCACACCGUCUGGAUCUCCGGUGGGAACGGCAGCGCCCUGCAGUCCUUUGCCUACGGGGGCUCCCAGGAGGACGGCGGCACCGUCUGCACCGUCGCCCUCCUCCCUGAGGAACCCCUGGCCGAAGGGGAUCUCGCCUGCCACGUGGGGCCCAACCGGACCUCCCCGUCCCACAGCUCCAGCCCCAUCCGCAUCACCGGCACUGAGGAGGCACCGGAGCCGUGCCCCAGCGGGGCGGCUGUGUGCAAGUAUGUGGCAGUGGAGCUGAAAUCCGCUUUUGAGGAGACCGGCAAGACCAAGGAGGUGAUCGACACCAAGUACGGCUUCCUGGACGGGAAGGGCUCUGCCGUCAAGUACACGCAGUCGGACAUCCGGUUAAUCGAGGUGACGGAGAACAUCUGCAAGCGGCUGUUGGAUUACAACCUGCACAAGGAGAGGAGCGGCAGUAACAGAUUCGCAAAGGGCAUGUCGGAGACAUUUGAGACCCUGCACAACCUGGUGCACAAGGGCGUCAAGGUGGUGAUGGACAUCCCUUACGAGCUGUGGAACGAGACCUCCGCUGAGGUGGCUGACCUCAAAAAGCAGUGCGAUGUGCUGGUGGAGGAGUAUGAAGAUGUGAUCGAGGACUGGUAUAGGCACCACCAGACAGAGGACCUCUCCCAGUUUCUCUGCGCCAACCACGUGCUAAAAGGGAAGGACACAAGCUGCCUGGCAGAGAAGUGGACCGGCAAGAAGGGCGACUUGGCAAGCGUGGGGGAGAAGCAGAGCAAGAAGAAGAGCGGGAAGAAGAAGAAGAAGGUCCGGAAGGAUGAAAGCGAGGGAGCUGCCGCCCUCCCGGUCGCUGGGGAGGCCCUGGAGGAGAGCGGGGUCCAGGAGGAGGCUCCGCUCACCCACAGCCCGGCCGAUGAGCUGUAGGGCCCGCAGCCCCCGGUACCAAAGGAAAAAGGGACUUGUGUCGCGUCGUGAGCGACCCCGAGGUGCGAUCCUGCGAGCCGCGGGGGGUGGCGGCGCGGAGCCGCCCACCCCGCCCGGUUGGGGGCUCCAGCGGGUGCUGCCCCGCCGCCGCCGCCGCCGCCUCCCCGCACUGUAAAUAAAGACGUUUUCCCCGGAA